AACUAAUUACAUUAGGAUUGCUUGCAUGUAUUCCAUCACAAUCGCAGUAACUAUCAAAGAAGCGACUUGUUUCAAAGUAAGUUAUAAAAAUGCCGAAAGAUGACCCAGAGACCGCGGCGCUCAAAAAGGAAUUGAAUGAUAUAAUCGCCAAAGCGAAGGCGGAACAAGAAAAAGUUGCAGACGCUAAACUAGCGGAAAAAUGUGGCGAUAUGGCUGAUGUUCCUAAGAUUCGUCUUAUAACUAAGAAAACCUUGAAAGGGCAUAUUAAUAAAGUUAACUCCGUCCACUACAGCGGGGACUCUAGGCAUUGCGUGACAGGUUCUUUGGAUGGUAAGCUUAUCAUCUGGGACACUUGGAGCGGCAACAAGGUACAAGUGAUACCGCUACGCUCUGCCUGGGUGAUGAGUGUCGCAUUCGCUCCCUCUGGAAACUUUGUUGCAUGUGGCGGUAUGGACAACAUGUGCACGGUGUAUGAUGUUAACAACCGGGACGCCACGGGCUCAGCGAAGAUGGUGCGCGAGCUGGCUGGUUACGAAGGGUUUCUUAGCAGCUGUCGUUUCCUUGACGAUACGCACAUACUCACAGGCUCCGGAGACAUGAAGAUUUGUGUCUGGGAUUUGGAAGUCGGCAAGAGAGAAGUCGAGUUCGACGCUCACGCAGGUGAUGUGGUGACCAUAUCCUUAGCACCAGAUAUGAAGACCUAUGUUACUGGUUCCGUUGACAAGACUUGCAAGCUGUGGGAUGUGCGAGCGGAGAAAGAAAAACAAACUUUCUUCGGUCAUGAAGCGGAUGUGAACAGCGUAUGCUACCAUCCUAGUGGUCAAGCAUUUGCAACUGCGUCCGAAGAUAAGACAGCGCGACUGUUUGAUAUUCGCAGCGACCAACAACUUGGUCACUACACGCCGCCGGGUGCCAGUGGCUUUACUAGUUGCGGGUUGUCGGUUAGCGGUCGCUAUCUACUCGCUGGCUCGGACGAUAACACUGUUCAUUCCUGGGAUACUCUGAAAGUCGCCCAUACAGGAACGUUAAACGGACACGAAAACAGAGUGACGUCUAUUUCGUUGGCGCCGAGCGGCAUAGCACUGGCGAGCUGCUCCUGGGACCAGGGUGUGAGGGUUUGGGGUUGAAUCUUGUUACCCGAAGAGGUUUACCAACACUUAAAAAAAAUUGUUUAAACAUAUCUCAUUUCCUUGUGAAAAAAAUAUAGCAAUAUCAUUAUUCUGUCAACUCAUUUAGGUGUAUUUGGAUUUAUUUCAAUCUAUGUAUUAGCUUAUCAUGUAAACAAUUAUAGCUAUUUUUAGUCUGUGAAUUAUAUCAAGCCUUUUUAAUUAGUAUAUAUAUAAA